CACCGCUAUAUGGAGUUUCUAUUUAGACCUUCGAACGGUAGAUAGGUACGCUAUUGCUCUCCACGAUUGCAGAUGGACAAUAAAUUUAGUUUGUUGAUGCGUGCAUUUCUUCUUGGCACCAAUUCAGAUCAGCUGCAGAGAAGGAGUUAAACGAAGAAGGCAGAGGAAUAUAUAAAGAUAGUCAAAAUGGGACCUCCAGGACCGUGGCAGGGCAAACCGCCCGGCAGCAAGGGCGGUGGCAAUAAAGCUUGGGCGCCCGCUAAGGGAAACAACAAACCGGCAGAAAUGGGCACGAACAAACACGGCGCGGGCAACAAGGGUCAGAUGAUGAGCGAUCACGAUUACGCGAUGAAGGGAGGCAGCAGCAGCAACAUGAUGAGUAAUCAGCCCCCGCCGGAGAAGAAGAGCGGUGCUAAAAUCCUAUUGAAGAGAAACAAGAACACACUGAAGAAGGAGGCUGCCUCUAACGCGGUGGGGUCCAACCAGGUUCAAAAGCAGGACAAGAAGCAACACCAGGAACCAUCCGGGGGCAAUAAAAAGCCGCAGAAAAAGAAAGAAGGGAAGAAUGAACAACAGCCUUCUUCAAGUAGCAGCAACGUGGCGCAGACCAACGCCAAAAAAAACGGUGGUGUUGUCGCGGGCGGCGGAAGCUCUUCGUCCUCAAGCGCGAUGAAACAAGUUGCCGCCCCAGAGAAGCCUGCCGCGCCGGCGGCAGUAAAGCAGAAGGAAGCUCCGCCAGCUCCCCCGGUACUUCGGAGUUCUUGCUACGAAUGUCCGUAAAUAUCACAGCACUACCAACAUGGAGACUCGCUUUUUUAUCCGCGGAUGAAUUUACUGUUACAUCUGACCCGCAUGAGGUUCUUGAAGAAAACGCAAAUGCGCCUUAAACAAAAAACAUCAGGCUUCUGCUCCUCCUGUCGCAAAAGAAGAGGAACCCAAGCCUUCCCAAGCAGCGGGCAAUGCGUCCGAGGACAAGAAAGCCAUGUUGCGAGCCAAGCUUAUGGCAGCGAAGAUGGCGAGAGCCAAGAAGACGGAGAGUCCGGAGCUACAACAGCAGCAGCAGUCCGCCGCCGUGGCACCCACGAACCAGAAACGCCCCCCGGAAGCCCCCUCCACCUCCGCACGAGGCAUGGUUGCCGACGCUGCCGAGCCGCCGGCGAAACGGACGCGCAGCGAAAGCCAGCAUAGUCUGCGGUCGGUCCAGAGCAUGCGCAGUGUUGGGUCCAUGGAAAGUGUGGAGUUCGAUCACGAAGAGGAGAGCCGAAACGACGGCCCAGUGCCGAUGAACAGCAUACCGAGCGUGCCGAGCACUGCUGGCGCCGAUGCCGUGCUCGUGCCAGAUGUGGUGGUGCGGGCCGCGCCCUCCUCUCCAAAGAUCCAGGCGCGGCCGAGCGAGCGCAAGAGCGACGGAAUGGUGCCCAUAACGAUCGUGGCUGCGGGAGCACUGAUCAGCGACACGGCUGCUAUGCCCCCGCCGGCAGAACCGCCCGUGCCGAGCGUGCGAGUGGUGGCAGCGCCCGCACCGCCGGACGAGGAGCCGGAGUUAGAAGAAGUCGAGCCGCGGAAAUCGAAAAAGGCAAAGCUCACGCCGCGUGUUGUGCAAAAGCCCGCAGUCCAGGUGGUAGCCGCGGCUGCUGCUACCACAGGAGGAGCAGUGGCUGCUUCAUCCUCUUCGAUUGCAGAGUCGAAGCAGAUACCGGCACCGGCGCCAAGAGAACCGGCGGCGCAAUCUUCAAGUCCUACGGAAGCUGAACCGGUUGCGGAGACUGCGCAAUUGGGCAGCGCGCAGAUUUCGCUUGGAAAAAUUACCGGGACCAAGCGCCUGCCGGACGGCCCGCUGGUAGAGAGUCCGGCCCCUAGUGAGAAUGGCAACGAAGGCGACGCUGCGCAAAAGUCGAAGAGCGUGCCAAGGGGCUCGAUGAAGGCCGAGAAGCCAUCCGUUGUUGAAACGCCAAAAGAAGUACUACAGCCCGGCGCAAAGGGUGCUGAGGCGACUACAGCAGCUCCAGCAUCAGGAGGAAGAGCCGCGGCGCCAGGAGGACCCGCCGCUGUGAAAACAGGGAACGCGGAGGCUGCGACAAGUAGCAGCGCCGGCGCACCAGCGACGAAGGGUACGCAAGUAGCCGCCGGAGCGCCAACUGAGAAAGCUGACAAAGGGGCUGCUAAGCCGGCAGAUACCGCUGCGAAAGGUGAGAAGCUAAGUGUCGCUGCGGAGAAGGGUAGAAAAAGUGCAAUAGGAGCAAAGGGAACGCAGGGUGCGAUGCCGGGCAAAGGCGAGCAAAAACCCGCUUCCUCGAGUACCGCUGGUGGGAAGUCUACCGUCACAACAUUGGGAGGACCAUCGGGUUCGCAGACUGCAGCGAAGGGAGAGAAGUCGACAGCCGGAAAAGGCGAGAAGACGGCCGGUGGUGGAGGAAAGGGAGAAAAAUCAACUGCGGAAACAAAAGGCAGUAAGACGGCCGCGGUUCCGGGGAAAGGAGAAAAGCCGGCCUCUGGGAAGGCACAGGGUGACGCACGGAUUAGCGCAUCCGCAGCAGGGAAGCCAACAGACCAAAAGCAGGCUGCUGCAGUUUCAGCAGCUUCCGACAAAGGUAAGCAGCAACCGUCACCGGCAAAAGUCGACUCCUCAGCACCAGCGGUGAAAACGGGCGGGAAGCCGGCAGCAGCGGCAGAUGCAACUACAAAGGGAAAGCAAGGCGAGCCCGCGAAAACCCAACCCGUGACAGGAGCCCCCUCCGAUCUACUGCAAAAGGAAGCUAAAGGUAAGGGAGGACAAACACCAGCGGCAAGCGCGACUCCCAUAUCAAGCAAGGCACCUCCGGUGUCGACGGAUGCGGGUGUCAAAAAAGGAGGCGCAGCUACGGGAACAGCAGCUACAGCAGUCCAGGAGCAAGGCAAAGGAAACUCAAAAGGCCCUGCUGGAUCAACAUCUUCCGCGCCUGGCGCAACCACCGCCGCGCAGCCUCCGGUAUCGAAAGGCGGCGCUAAGCCAGUUUCAACACCAACUUCGACAGGUGCCGCCUUGGUCAAUAAAGGGGCGCCAGCAAAGGGGGCUCCUGCCGGAAAGCCGGCGACCAACCCGCCAGCCGGUGCUCCAGCUUCCUCGUCCGCGGCACCGCCGCAAGCACCAGUGGCGGCUCCGCCGGCCGUGCCGCCAAAACAGUACAGUUUGAACAAGAAAGUCGGCACGGAGGAGAUGCUAAAAAAGUACAAGGACGACCCGGUGCGGCUCCGACUCCUGAACCUUACCCGCGACGAGUUCAACGCUGAGCGUAACACCGUGAUCGGGCGCCUAGGGGACGUGCUGUGCCACCCCAAGACGGAUCGCGGGGUCUUUGGAUUGAGCCGGAACGAUGUGGCACUGCGCGUGGCGAAGCUCCGCACAAACCUGGAGGAACGGAAAAAGCAGGACCCGACGAAGCUGCCCAAGUCCGAAAUCAUCGAGCGCUUGGUGCGGGAACAGGGGGGCGGCGCAAGUCUAAAAGAGGCUUUUGACCUUCUCCAGAUGCUCCGGUCCUGAUCAUGCGACACGGCACGACGUCGUGCUCGUGCACUGGCGCAGCGCUCUGCCACUUGGAGGUGUACUUACCAAAACAUGCGACAAUCAGCGACAUAAUUUUCCUCGAGAACAUUCGUUCCGAUAGAACGAAAAUCAUCCCGAAAGAACUGCUAUAU